UUCUCGCGCCCGAUCAGACGGCAAAACUCCAGAAUUUGCAACUCUUCUCGCGCCUGAUCAAACGGUGCGCGUCCGAUCGGAUGCCUAUGUUUGACCUUUUGAAUUCCCUUUCUUUAUUUCAACAUCAAUUACUCAUUCAAUUUAUUUUACACUCUAUCUAUCUUUAGUGCUGCAAAGCCUGCAAUUCUGUAAAUUCCAUAUACACAAGCAAGUUAGCAACUGCGCAACAGAGAGCGCGAGAAAACCUUCAACCUUCAACAAUGGCGGGUGACUUAUUUGGCGACUUACCACCUCCUUCAUACCUCUCACCUCCUUCUCAAGAACAACAAGAACAACAACUUCAUCUUCAACCUCACAAAUCUGUCAAAAUCAAUGAAAAUAAUAAAACAACUAGUAUUAUUAAAGACCCAACUCCACUCCCUCCUCCUCCCCUCAAAAGCGCCUUCAAACGAUCCAAGCCUCCAGAAUCUACCCCAAAUGAAGAGGUUGGAUCUGGAAAGAAAUUGAGGUUUAAAACCUCCACGGAUGCUUCUAUAUCACAAAUUGCUGAGGCCAUGCAGAAGAUAGCCUCCCACAUCGGAAAUUCUGCUAAGUUCAGUAAAGCUUCGAAGUUGGCUAUACAGUUGAUUCAGGCUGGAAGUGUCAAACCUGAAACUGCUGAUCACUUCUUUUCCAUACUGGAAGCAGCAAUGUUUUCGCCUACUUCAUGCAAUAAUGCUUCUGCACGAUCAGAUUAUCAUGCAUUGUUCUCUGCGGCACAAGAUGCAAAAGAUUGUCUGAAUAAGAAGCAGAAGAAUCAACUAACUGUAUGGACCAUCCGAGCCGUGGUGGCAAAUGACUUGUAUACUGAUGACAGCUUUGUGUUCUCAAAAGCUGCUGGUCGCGUCAAAGAUUUGAUAUCCAAUCUUCCUGUUGCAACCAAGGAAGAUGAUGCUGAGGAAGUUGCAGCACUUCAAGAUGAGAAGGAAAGGGUAAGUAGAGAGGUUCAGUCAAGCCAGGAUGUGAUUCCCUCUGAUCUUUCUAAUGAGGUUACCACCAAAGAAGAGUUCGAUCCUUUUGGGCUUGAUGCUCUUAUCUCAAGUAAACCGAAAAAAGAAGCAAAAAAUAAUAAAGGGAAGGAGGAUGAAGAAGAGAUGAUGAGAUUUCUGAGGUUACAAAGAGAAGCCAUAAUCAAUUGUUUGGAGAUAGCUGCAAAGCGCUAUAAAAUCCCAUGGUGUCAGACUGUCAUUGACAUACUGGUAAAACAUGCCUAUGACAAUGUAUCACGGUUCACCUCUCAACAAAGGGAUGCUAUAGGGAAACUUUGGACUUCAAUACGAGAGCAACUUAAUCGUCGAAAACAAGGGAAGUCAGUUUCCGGUAAGCUUGAUGUGACUGCUUUUGAAUCUCUUCAAGAGAAGUACUCAAAUGAGAAGAUCAGCAUUCGUCGUGCUGUUGGGGGUACUGGGGACAGACGUUGUCAGCAGUGGCUUGGUUGAUUGGCUUUAUAUUCCUUCGUUUGUACCAGCUAAAUCUUGUACACUUAUUUGAGCAAAUGGCAUUUAGAGAAUGUCAUUUUCAAGUGAAAGAGCUGUAAGCUUCAACUGUAUAUACUGUACUUCCUAGUUAUAUAACAUUUCAGUAUCUUUCCCUA